UCUCUAGAGGUGAAAACCCUCAAAACGCCCUAAAUGAGAUGCUUCGAACCGCAAAGUCCUUAACCGAGAAAGGACUAACUGUCAACGAAACGUUCGUCCUUCACCUCUUCCUGGAUGCCCUUUCGGACGAGUAUGCCAUGACAAAGCACAACCUGCGACACGCGAAGGAGUUGACGCGGACCGGUGUGCUUGAGGAAGUAAUAAUCGAAUACAAGGAGAUCAAGGACAAGCUGGAGCAGGGAAAAGGAAAAGGGGCGAAGAGCGCAGAGCAAGUGUACUUCGCCGACGGUGAAGGCCGCAGGGAGCGGUACUCAGGUAGGAGUCAGGGGCAAGGUCGUGGUCGUGGCGGCGGCCGUGGCCGCAGCAGCAGUCGUGGCCGCGGCGGAGGCGGUCGCGGCGGCGGCGGCGGCGGUCGCGGCGGCCGCUCAGGCGGAUCCGGAGGAGUCGAGGAGAGCAAGGGAAGCAGCAGUGGAGGCGCCGAUGGCGGCGGUGGCGGGGACUAUAAGUUCCCGGGCCGGUGCUUUAGGUGUGGACAUCGUGGACAUCAAGCGAUCGGCUGCACUACCAACGAGAAGGACUUCGUGCCGUGGUGUGAGCGCUGCGAGGGGUGGGGCCACACCAAAGAAAGUGCGUGACGGAGGAGGCCGUCCUAGCGCAAGUGGUGGGGCAUGAGAGCGACGUGGACUCCGUGGAAGACCAGGCAUUUUAUGCCGUGGCAGUCCUCCCAGGCGAGUGUGGUACCGUUGACANUCUAGUGCGGGGUUGUGGAACAAGGCCAGGCGGUGUACGUGGCCGACACAGCGGCCACGUGCUCCAUGUUCCGAUGUGCAGACAACUUCGUGAACUAUCGUGAGCGUAGCGGUUGGGUGAAGCGGAUCGGAGGCGACAAGGCCCCCGUUCCUCUUCUAGGAUACGGAGAUGUGACCUUAGUCCUACAAACGGAAGAUGGUGGAGUACCCGUACCAGUACUGAAUGUUGCUCAUGUACCAGAGGCCCCCUACAACCUCCUCUCGCUGUCUUCGUUGGCGGAGGAGGGCCACACGUACUCGGGGAUGAAGGGGGGCCUCACGCUGACCACGAAAGCCGGGGGGAGAUGUGGUUCCCCCGGACUGGAAAGCUGCUGACCCAACGAGGCUAUUAAAUAUAGCCAACGCUACACACCGCCUGUGCCGCACUCAUUGUUCCUGGCGAUGCGAAAGUAGAC